AUGAUCGACAUGAGCGACGAGCGGUGCCGCGUCACCGCGUCCGCCGCGCUGUCGUCGCUCGCGGACGCGGACGUGGAGGUGUUGCAGGCGCUCGGCGCGGCGUCGUUCGUCGCGAUGGCGCGCGAGGCGACGAAACCGCUCGCGCGCGCCUCCGCGUGCGCGUUUAUCAGGCGCGUUCUAUACACUGGUCCCCAUACGACCCCCAAACUCGCGCGCAACUCGGACACGCACGAGACGAUACGCGAGGGCGGGGGCGUAGAAACGCUCGCGUCGAUGACGUUACGAGGGCACGCGGAAGCGACGUGGGGGCUCGCGUCGAUGGCGUCGUGCGAAGAAAACUGGGACGUCGUCCACGAGGCGAUGACGCCGGAGACGUUGGACGCGUUGAAGCGGCUCAUCACGAGGUGA